AUGGUAACUACACUUUCCAUGAUUAGAAAAACUGAAGUGAAUUUAGAAAAAGAUACUGCUCACAUGAAAAAGGAGCCUUUUGUGUGUAAAAUAUUGAAAAUCAGUUUUGUUGGCAACACCACCUCAGAACUUGAAAGUCAGUUCACGCUGGAGGGAGGCAGUUCAGAUUCUGUGAAUGUGGUGAUCUUAUCAAACAUGAGAGGAUUCACACUGGAGAGAAAACCAUUUAAAUGUAAUGACUGUGGGAAAACAUUUUCUCAGAAAGUUGCUCUUAAUGUUCAUAUGAGGCUUCACUCUGGAGAGAAGCCAUUUAAAAAUAAUGACUGUGGGAAAGCAGUUUCUCAGAAAGGUCACCUUAACAUUCAUAUGAUGGUUCACACUGGAGAGAAAGCCAUUUAA